AUGGAUGAUCUAAAGAGGUUUCUUGUUGAGCUAUCGCCGCACUUUUGCUACAAGGAUAAUAGACAAGUAAAGGUCAAUGUAUAUAAAGCCUUCUAUUGGGCUAUAACUGGUGAGGGCAAAUACUUUAGCGAGCUCUUCACUGGGAGUGUCGAGGAUCACGCCGAAAUUUUGGGUGGCUUCAAAUGGAACCCAACAGAACAUCUAUCGAAAAAGCCGUUCUUUGUGAAUACUGGAAUUGGAGAAUACAGCCAUCCGAAACAGCAGAUCUGUGGCUACACUUUCAAAGAAGGUGAUGCCAUUUACAGAUGCGCAGAAUGUGGUUAUGAUGACACAUGUGUCAUCUGUGGCCACUGCUUCAAUAAGGAAGAUCAUGUUAACCACAAUGUUUCCCUAUAUUACGCCGGAUCCGGCAACGAGGGCAUGUGUGAUUGUGGUGACGACACCGCAUUCAAGAGUCAACUUGAUUGUGCGUGUCAAGGAACUUUGGAUGUUGAGACAAACUUCAGAGAAUACAUCCAUGACGCGCUUCAUAUUGCAUUCGAUUAUGUGCUCGACGUCACGAACUUUUCCAUCUCCUCUCUUCCAUUUGUGCAUGACAAUCUCGAAAACCGUGGUCAACGAGUGUUUGAUACGCGUCAAUUAUCCGACUUCGGUGCGUUACCGUUCCAUAAGUAUGGAUCAGUGGAUGAGAAUACAUAUGACUCCUGGUAUCUCGUCCUAUGGAAUGAUGAAAACCACAACUACGAUGAAGCUCAAACUGCUAUUCGAGCAGCAACAGGGCUUUCUAUCUCAGCUGCGGAGAAAAUUGCACGGCUCAUCAAUGCAUCGGGCAGAGCAGUGCUAAAGGAAGAGACCGAACCUAGGGCUUUGUUAAGCUCACAAAAGCUGGCAGAGGCAGACGGAUUGGUCUGCACAAUCAUGUCACGGCGUGACUAUGUUCGUGAAAUGAUUGUUGGAGCAAUCUUAAACUGGGUUUGUGACAUCAUCACAUUCUCUUCCAAUAGUGCCUUCCGUGAAGAAUGCAAAAAGCAGCUCGGCAUAUUGCUACUCAAGCCUAACUAUGAGUUCUCCAAAUCUUUGUCUUCAGAGAUGUUCCCGAGUUCAAUCACACAGUUGGCGGAUCAAUGUUUCAGAUGUGGUCUUGUGGUCGAUGGAGUGCUUGACGAUAUAACCAAUGCGAGAGUUCUUGAGAAAAAAAGUUUAGGAAGGCUUUUGGGACCCGUUUGCUGGUUGAUUGAACACUUUGCCAGUCUUAAGAAUUCCACAAAUGGCCUUUUAAACAUAAAGGAGAUUGUCUACGAUGUGAGGAGCAAAAGAGAAAAGUCAUCAAUUGAAAAAGCAAUUGGCUCGUCCAUCAAUGAUAUAACUUACAUAUUCGCCAAGAAUGAUUCUUCAGACAUUUUAUCUUGCAUUUCGAGCGACGAUUCAUUCUAUUGGCUUCUCACAUUGAUGAAGUUUUACCAAGGAUCACUACCUAUCACGAGGAAGGUUGGCGAACACGUCUCACAGGAACUGUUGAAAGAUGUGCUUAUCUUUCUACAAAGAUCCGUUCCGAUAUAUUUCAUCACCAAAUGCGCUACACUCGCAGAUCCUUCAGUCGGAGUGUCAGAUGUGCUCAAGAGGUUUUUCGCACUUUAUAACAAACACAUGGGAAGCACUUCCCUCAAACCCAAGUCAAAAGUCAGUGUGAACCCAAUUUCAUUGAUAAACCCAAUCAAUGCGUUUGCUUCCCGUUUGAUUCAAGCUACUCCGGUUAGCGACUUAGCGGAAAUUAUCAGCUCUCAUGAUCUAGCUUUAUUGCACUUGGCUGAUAUUUCCUUGAAAAGCAUUGUUUUGAAUUCACAAGUCAAAAUUGGUCUUUGGAUUAGGAAUGGCUCCUCUGUCUCUCGUCAGGCGUCAUAUUACAGCGAAUAUUCUUUAAAAGAGUUAUCCUACUUCAGGGACAUGCAAUAUAUUCAAGCUGCUGGUGUUUACUCGUUGGGUGAAAUGGCCUACUCCCGGGACUUGCAUAUAUUACAAACUGCAUUGGUUUUUGGGAAUUCACGAGAUGUUCUUGAGAUGAUCAUUGACCUCUGGGAGUUUGAGGACUGGUAUAGUGGGGAAGUUGGCUCUGAGCUAACUGUAUACGAAGAUCGAUUUGGUUACGCAUGUGAGCAGCUCAUCAAGGUAUUAUAUCACAUCUUUACCGACCGAUCGCUAUUUCAAACACAGCAGCUGGAGAAAGGUCCAGAUAUGUUCAUCCGAAGAAUUUGUUAUUCUCUCUGUGAUAAACCAAAAUCUUUUAGUGAUUUGAUCACAGAGUUUGACGGAGAUGAUAUAGAUGUUGGUGUCUUCGAAAGCCAUUUGCAAAAGUGUGCACUUUUGCAAAGUCCGUCAGGAAUAACUGACUCUGGUGUUUACAGACUCAGGCCUGAAUAUUAUGAGCAACUAGACCCUUUAAGCUCGUGCGUUGAUCUGAGUAGGUUUGAGUCUGUUGCUGAGUCUUUAAUCAAAAACCUAUCUAAGUCGAGAAAGAUCAAGGAAAACGAAGUUGUCCUAGAACCCAAGUUUGUUCGAGCUAGCUGUGAACGAGUUAAUGAGAAACUUCUGAGCUUUUUCACGACUAGGGAAUUUGCAAAACUCAUGUAUAAGCUCAUGCGAGAAUCGAUAGACUCAGGUCAGGAGAUUUACAUUCAACAGUUGUUACACUUUCUACACGCAAUCCUUGUGGAUGUGCAGUCUAGUGAAACGAUGAAGAAGCAUCUUGAUACUUACAUCGACAUACCCAUAUGCGAUCUACUCCUUACCAUUGCGGAGUCAUCUAUGUCUAGUGCUGUGACAGUGAAAGCAGAUUACUUGCUAACAAAGCUCAUAGAUAUGGAUGAUCGGCAUCUGGACAAACCCGCUGAGCCUCACGAUAUUGCAGAAUCCUCAAUUUUCACUGAAGUCAUUAUGAAAUAUCUUAAUGGCUACGGACCUGCCCUAGACUAUAUUCAAAAAGGUUACGUGAAGCUAAUUGUUGUUCUGAGUUUCGAGUUGAUGAACAUUCUAAAAUCCAAUUGUUUUAACUUUGCCAAAAAUCAAGCUUUCUACAAGAGUUACGAUGAUCACAUUGAAGCUGAUUUCCGAUCCUACUUUGGAAGCCUCUUUGAAAGCUUCGAAGAUGGAAUCGAUACGAUACACGUCGAGCGAGAGAAACUCAUAGCAUUUUUCCUCGACUCAUUGACACAAAUCGCAUCUGUCUACUUGCGGCAGUGCUCAAUUUUCUGGGAUCUUCUUACUGCUAUCCAGUCCGAGAACGGUUACGAAAGGAAUUUACCUACAUUUGAUGAAAUCUUCGAGGGCGAUGAGGACGAGUUUUUGGAAGACUUCAUGAUCCCAAGUGAUUGA